CUUUUGUAGUUGGUUAUUUUGCUUUCGUGUCUUCUGCAGUUGGUGCACGUUGUAUAUUAAUAUGUAAAUAAAUAUGGUGGUCGUGGCGUGUAAUUUUAUUUCUAUGGCAGCUUUCAAUAUUAAGAAAGUCUGAUUGAUCUUUCAGAGCAUGGAAGUAUCUUCAUUCCAUGAAACUCUCUCUAGUACUGUAUCUAAACCAGUGCAGCAGGGCAUAUAUAUGAGGGGAAAUAGUUCACUUCGUACAAAUCUGACACAUUUUGUUCGAAGUAGUAUAAAGGAAAAGUUGGAUGGCAUUGUUAAUACCGAACUUGAUAAUGCAGGAGAAAUUACUCCAAAAACAUGGAAAAUUGUGGCUCACAACAUAACGAAAUCUGUGAAAUAUUCUCCAACAAUGACAUCUUUGUUACAAAAUAUCCAGAGUACACUUCAUUUAAGCAUCAAAAGCUUCAUAUCAUAUACUGAAAAUGAUCCUAUUUCCGACCUCCCAGUAGUCCAGUCAGCACUGCAUAGACCUGUAAAUAAUGAAGUGCGGUGUCGUGAAAAUGGUGACAUGCUCCAGUGUGAGCAGUUGGAUGUAGGUACCUCCCAUCCCAGUUCCUUAAAAGUCAGGAAACAGGUACUUCACUCAUUUCUUCAGUCUGUUCUCCCUGAAGUUACAGAAAAUGAUAGUUGGCCCCAGAUACAACUUAAUUUAAGACAGAAUCUGUGUGAAAAAGACAACGAAGUAUUCAAUUUAAGCUUGAUGGUCCAUGCUAAAUUAAUGCAAUCUUCUUCACAGGUUUGCAUAAAGGAGGGUUUUAUCAAUCUUGUUGAAGGAAUGCAUUUGUUCUAUUCUAGCAAUCAUAAUCUCCUUCCCAGUUUUAAGAAUGGUAUAGAUGUGACUAACCCUAUUCAUCACCAUCUUAACCAAAUCUCUCAACUGAUUAUUGAAGUAGUGAGAGAAAUGGCAAAAAACUGGUUAAGAUAUGGUGAGCGACGUGUUGAAGAGGUAGCUGGAGCCUUUGUUAAUUUGCUUUCUAUGCAUACUUAUGAUAACAGGUUUAAUUUACCCAGAGACAUAAUGUUUCCAUUCCAUAUUCUGUCUGUCUUGGAUCCAAAAGCAAAGUGGUGCACACACUGGUUACAUGGUGCCUUUGGUCGACAUUUGUUUCUUAAUACACUAUCACAAAAUUCGGCCUUCAUCAUAUUCCUGGUUGGAGAAACACUUUCUUACUUGAAAAUGUACCAAAAUUACCACCCAGAAUACAUAUCUCAGAACAUUAUAUCAGGCAACAAUGUGAAGUAUGCAACAUUUGCACACUCAUUGUCUGUUUUAAGCAAAGUUAUUUGCUAUAAGAAAGGGCGACAGUUUUUUCCAGUUGCUGUAAAGACCACAUCUGAACUAAUUUCUUUAGAUGUUAUUCUUGUUAGAAUGAUCACAUACAUGAACUUAGAAAGUAACUACAAAGCUGCAAUACUUACACCACCAUCAGGAUCUGAAGUUUUAAUGGAAUUCAUUAAGAAGCUUUUGAAAAAUGGAGAUGAUGAAAUUAGUGACAGCUUGAUAGAAACAAUAAUAGAACCUAUACAAAAUGAAAGCAUUCAAUCACUGAAAUGUAGUAAUAUACCAUGUCAUACCAUAGACAUACUACAUCAGUUGUCUGGUAGCAGCAAUGGAAUCUCCUGCCUUCUAGGAAGCAGGCAGAAAUGUAGGAAAUUCACUGCAAAACUAUGUAGCAAUCACAGGAGUACCAACACAUCUGCUGCUGGAAUGAGGAAGAAUAGAUACAUGAGCAUUUCAUUAGAGAGAGAUUUUUCAGCCAAAUCCAUUAGAAUUCCCAGCAGUACUAACACUAACGUUUCCAGUCCAGCAAAAAUUAUUGUUCAUACUACAACCAUUCUCUUGAGCAACCAAGACAUGUCAAACAUGGAUGCACUUCUGUCAUUGGUUGAAAUAUGUAGUAAACUUUUUAGGAUACAUGAAGGUUUGUCUGUGUUGGAUGCAAUGAAUUCACACCUAAUAUCAACUGUUAUUGAUUUAUACAAACAACUGUCCUCCAAGAAUGAUCCCAGCAGAUAUAGUUCAACCUAUGGACACACUUUAAGAACUCAAGAUUAUGAUAUUCAGUCACAUGCCUUAUAUAUGUCCUUGGUAAGCUUCCUGACUGAAGUUGCAUCUACACCGUGUGGUGUUUUUGCAUUGGCUCAAGACGGUUUUGUCCUCCAAGACUUGCUCACAACACUUCUCCAGCCUUCCCAUGUUUCAUGGGAGGAUCCACACUUCAGGCAUAUAGUUUCUCUGAUUACUACUGUGUCUCAGGGUAUAAGUGUAUUAGCUGAAGAGAGUCACAGAAUUCUGGCUAGACCAUUAUGCAAUCUUUGGAGUGAAUAUGAAGAUCUCAUGGCAUUGAUCACUGGUUCAGAGCAGAAGCAGUUUGAGGCCACACAGCAUUUCAUGAAUAUUAUAUGCACCUUCGUUCUGAAUCUGCAAGGCAUUGCAUCUCUUCUUUCUGAUCCUGAGAGCAGCAGCAGUGAAGGCACUCUGGUGGAAGCUGAUCCAGGUCCCACAACCUUAUCAGAACUACUAACAUUGGAGAGCAGUGUAGAGCCCUGGCACUACAUUAGCUUAUUAACUUUGAGGGCUCUUACUACAAAUAUGGAUGUCUGUUUGUAUCUCAACAACACUAUUAAGUUUCAGGAGAAACUUUUAAAGCUUCAGUCUGAAAAUAUAACUUUUGACUCAGACAUAACAGAAACAGAAGGAACAAGAGUGAAAUCAAGUUCUGCUAAUAAAUUCAUUAUAAUUGACCAAUGUAGCCUGAUGAGGCACCAGAUUCUCGUAGCAACAUAUAUAGUGGGUGGCCCCAGAGAACGAAUACUACCUCCAACCAUUAUAGAUACUGAUGGAAAUGGUGAGUCAGGCUUGUUUUGUACCUUGCCACCUCCACAGCUCACAUCAGCAGCAAAGAAAAAGAGAAGUACUCAACCCAGAGGUCAGACUGAUUUUCAGAGGUUCCUCCAAGAUACUAAACAAGGUGUUCAUGAUGCCAAUUGGCUCUCUCAUGCCAGGAGAGCAUACAAGGCUUCGUUCAACAUUGACAUAAAGGCUUGUGUGCUCAUAGAUCUACUUGAACAAGCUGCAAAGUUAAGCUGUAAUUCAGAGUCUUAUUUAAAUUCACCAAUGCAAAUAUAUGAAAGUGAUGUACUGUUUCCAGAAGAAUGUCUUGGAAUACAAGUUGCCAUCAGGUAUGGACUGGAGCUUCAUCUACUCCAAGAAAAUUCACAAAAUGAAGAAAACCUAACUCAGCUCAUCCAUUUGUCUCACAACCUCCUCAGGCAUAAAAAAUGUGAAACAUUUCAGGGAUUUGACUGGUUCAUGGCCACUUUGUUUCUGUUGUGUGGAGGCAAUGUGGAAAGAUGUCACAGUUGUAUAAAAAGCAUAUCAUCCUUAGCUGUGGCACCAUUUUUAUGGCCUGCUCUUGCUACAGCUAAAGAUCAGUGUACCUUCUCACAGCAUUUGGUUAUGUUUGGUCACAAACUUGAACUGCUAGUCAAAAUGGAAUUGCCGCUAGCUUUCUCUGCACUUCAGCUUGCUGGAGCAUCUUGGUGGCUCAUCUGUCGACAGUGGAUGGCUCAGUGUUUCUGGAACAUACUUGAUUGGUCCCAGAUUUGUCAUUGGCUAGUUGUUAGUGUUUUAAACCAGCCUGACUUUACAUUAUAUUUCUGCGUAAGUUUGUUGCGACAUAUAGAACCAAAAAUCCUGCAAGCUGCAAGUGAAGGAAAGCUUUGGGAACAGAUAAUGUUUGCUCCAAUGGAGGGAUAUCAUAUUGGUGAUCAGCUUACAUUCAUGGAAAAAUUAUCAAAACGUUAUCGCACUUCUGUGCUUCAUCAUUUGUUACCUUCAUCAAAUAAUACUGCUUGAUGAGUACAUCCAAAUGAAACACAACUCACCUCAAGAUAUUUAUAUGAUAUUUUGAAAUGUUGUAUAGAUCUUUGUGUGCUGAGAGGUUGUGACUGGGAAUGUUCAGGUUUUGCAAUCUAUGAUAUGAUAAGUAGUACUAUAUGGGGGUCUAAGAGUUACAGAACACAAAUAUACAACUCAAUGCUAUAGGCUGGAAACAUUACAUCAUGCAUACUGUUCUGUCAUCUAUGUGUCAAGAAUGGGUACUAGAUCAGCAUCUGUGGCUGUAACAAUAACUCAGAAGGUAUUAAAACGAACUAUUAUUCAACCACCAAAAUUUUCUUUUUUUGGUGAGAUUUCAUUCAUGUUGCUAAAUAUUACCAGCUUUUCUCCAGACAAGCCAAAAGUUGAGUCAGAGAUAACACUCCUAACUUUGGGCCAAGAGCAUGGCACUGUGUUACUUGCCACUUGAUCCACCACCAAUCACACUUGAAAGACUUGAGGUUCUCACAGCGGUGAAUAUGAAGAUUUCUGUCUUCUGGGUUAUUGCGCUGGGU